AUGGCCGGAAGAAAGGGUCGUAAACGAGGCGCAAAGAAAGUUCCCAAAGACGAUAAAAAUGAAAGAAGCGCUUUCAUUGAAGAGAAGAAAGCCAAAUUAAUCGAUGAGCAGAAAAAGCCCGACGAAGAACUGUCUUCAGACAAACUGGAGUCAUGUCUGGAAACAGUUGCCGAGUGCAAAACAAACGCCGUCGACUUUUUAAAGGAAGAAGAGAGCAAGUUGAAGUAUGUUCCACCGUUUACUCGAAAAGCAAAAAGGACUAUAAAUAGAACAGGAGUCCCUGUUUCUCCAGUUACAAAGCCUUUAAAACGUCCCUGGAGAGGUGCAAAACAAUUUUCCAAGGACGAUCCGCUUGCGGAGAGGUCACCGCCUGUUAAAGACGAUGAACAAGGCAACGGGUAUAAAAACUCACAAAAGGUUGUUACUUGUAGAACCUAACUAAGACUUACGUUUUGUUAAUGAGACCGCUUUAUUAAAUGGCGUUGAAACGUACCACCCACAGUGACAUAUAAAACGGGGGGAGCGUAUAAACAGCCCGACUUUCUCUUUGCUCGUUUGUGCGUUCGAGUAAAAACUUACCAUUAGUUACAAAGAACAACCCUCCAAGUUGCGACCAUUUUAGCCGCCAUGGCGCCUAAGAUUUUAAAGCUGGCGACUUGAUUUGUAAAAAAGUUUCCCUAAACCAAAAGAAUUGGUCGCCAAAUGGCGACCAAGCAAAAACUUUAACUUUGAGGGUUGAAGAAGUCCAUAAUGUUUCCUUGUUUUCUCAAGGGAGAUUUGUAAAAGCCACAAACCCGUUGAGUAUUUGAAAAAUAUUACAGUGUGCCCUUCUUUAUCAAUUUAUUUGUAUUUCCAACAGUUCCAAGGAAUAAUCAGACCUUCUCAUACACCGUAAAGUAGUUCAUUAUUACAAAUUGAAUUCGAAAACUAACAUUUGUAACGAAGGAGAAAACAUUCACAAGGUUGGGUAGUCUAUAUAGAUUAAUCAUCACUGCAAAGUUGAACUUUUUAUAUUCUAAGUUUUUAGUAGCUUCCAGGUCAGCUAGUCGUUUUGUGAUGAAAUUGUAGACGACAAAUCCUAUCACACUUGAGUAAUAAAUAUUAGGACUAAAACCACCAUGUUAAACUCUACUUAUUUUCUGCAUUCUGUCUUGAUACAGGUAGAAGAGCAGGAAAAUAAGAUGAAAGAGGAUAAACAGGAAGAAGAAAUUGAUGUUGUGGGAAUAAAACCACAGAGUUCUUGCAGCCAAGAAGGUAAAAACUUUGUUCUCUGCCAAAAUCAAACAACUGGAAAAGAAGAAUUUCUUUUGUCAUCAACAAGGGCAGAGGUACAAUCUGAAGUUAAAGAUGUAUUACAAAAUGUUAUUGAAGCUGUAUGCAAGAUCGAUCACUCUAACAGCUACAAGAGUGAAGCAGGUAAGAUCCUGAAAUAGUCAACUUACAGAUUACAUUAGUGUGACAUUUGCAGCGUAAGGUAGCACAGAAAGUGAACUUCCAUCAAUAAGUUGCUAAUUCUGAUUUAAACUAAAUGAAAUAUUCGACCAUUAAAAAUUUAGCCCUUUAAUGCAAAGAAGAGAAAAUUUAUUAACAGCCACUCAUGGUGAGUUACUGUUUGAAUAUAAUUUCAGUAGGACCUCUCAUUUUUAAGUUGAAUUUAAAGCAGAUCUCUAUCAAAAUUCUUUGAUAGCUUUAUCUAUACCUUGGUGAUAGUAACUGACAAAUCACAAGAGACAUAUAAUUUUUGUGGUUCUGACUCUCUUUUUCAUAUAACAGCCCUGGAUGAAACUACUUCUGGAAAGGGUAUUGAAAGCUGUGGUAGUGCCCUCAAAAUUCAGAUACCUGCAGAUAACAGCCAUGUCAGUUUGUUUGAACCAGCACCAGAAAUUGCAAAGGUUGAAGUUCCUGAUCAUAGGUUAAAUGAUGUUAAAGGUGAUUAUGGGUGGCCAAGGAGAAACAUAGAUGAUCAGUGCAAUCAGAGAGAUAUUAGUGGCUCAGAAAGAAAAGGUACAUUAACCCACAACCCUGAAAUGGGCCACUCAGAGGUUAAUCUCACAACUAGUAUGAAUUGUGUAGAUUUGCUUAGUGAUAGAAUGUCGAAGAAAGACCACUGCCCAACCUCAAACAUAGACACCGAUCUCACCCAUACAAAGACAAAUUUCUCUGACAGCAAGUCAGAAAAUGACCUCUUAUCACAGACAUUGCCAGCAGAAGAUACAGAAAUGAAAAGCAAUAUGGUUGUACAUGUACUGAUGUCAGAAGAUGUGCUUGGUUCUACCAUCUGCCUUGGAUAUCCUGCAAAUGAGCUAGACAACCUAGAAAAACAGCAAAGUCCUGACCAGAUGGUUCCUGCUCAAUGUAAGCCUGUCACUGUUCCAGUAAGUAACACCGUUUCUUUUCAUUCCUUUUCGGUGUCAAACCUUUAACAACCAACAGGAACUAUAUACAAAUCUUGUUUCAUGAUAAUUGCUUGUACUGUAUAGCUCUCAGUCUAGUUGUCUGGAACCAGAAAAUUUUCCUAUUGCAUGGGCAAGUAACUUUUCAUACUCAUCACAGGCAAUACAUAAACUAAGAUCAUGCCAACUAGCCCAGCUAAGAGCAAAUUUGAGAGUGAGCCUCGUCCUUAUUAGGAAAAACUACAAUUCAAGAAAAACUCUGGUCACAAAAGAUAUAUUUCCAUUAGUCUGUGUUUACCCGUUAAAUCUCCAUAUUUGCUAAGUUUUAUUUAUUCGUAACAAAACAACAUGUUUUGCCUUAGUGUGAACAUGGUAUGGUAUUAAUGAAAUGAAUUAAUACCAUGACAUGAUACAUCAUGAGCCAUGAUAUAUUAGAUACCAUGAUUAGAACUAAUACAGUCAAAGGUAAAAAUAAAUUCACUACAUGUAAUUCACUGGGAUUAUGAUUGAAAAUUUUUCAAUAAAAUAUUAUCUGAUUCUCAGCAAAGAAUCCCAGAUUGCAAUGAACUGACAAUGAAGUGUCAUGAGAAUGGAAGAGACAUGUGUCAUACAAGCAGUGAAUGUUUGGAAACUCCAGACAAUGAAGGAGACAAAAAUAAGCAUCACGCAGAUGAAACUGAAGAUGGCACAGAUCCCAAAACAGGACUUGGAAGGGAAAUAGAAGAAUCUCAGCCCUCUAAUUCACAGACAGCACUGGAAAUUUUUGCAUACCAAGAAACUAACACUUCAAGCAUAAGGGAGGGACACACAGUGCCAACAGGUUCUGAAUCAUCUUUACAAUGCAGUUCCCCUUGCAGGGAGACAGAAGGUAGAUUCACUUACUCAGAACAAUGCAGAUCAGCUUUGCCAUCAUGUGACCAGCCACCAGUUUGCUCUUCAUUUGGCUCUGAGGGGGAAAUCUCAGAAUUUGACUGUUUAAUGGCCAUGGACUGUACAGAUUCUCAGUUGGUGGGCCUUGAGUCUUCCCCUGACCAACCAUCAUGUCAUAAACUGGAUGCCAGGUAA